CAAACGAAAAAGAAUUGUGUAUAUCAUUUUAAAUAUUUCAUAAAGUUCAUAUGAAAAGCAAUAAAGAGAAGUUCGGUGCAGAAUUGAAUACAAUAAUGUUGCAAAAAAUUGUAUAAACAAACGCUUAGUGGCAAACGGAACAAUUUUUUCGCACGCCGGUGUCUCAUUGUCGGUACGAGCGGGCGUGUGUGUGUUAGUGUAAAAGUGGUCAAAAGUAGGCGCCGCGCUCGAGUGUGUGUAACUCUAGUUUCAUUCUUGGCCUCACGGCGUGCAUUUUAUAUUAGUUUGUUGUCCGGUUACAGUGUUAAAUCCCACACGCAACUAUGGCUGAUGGUGUGGUGCUCGACUUGUACGCUGAAGACUUGGACAAGGACUUUACCGGGCAAUCUCAGGAUGACUUUGGUGGCGACGGCGUCGAUUUAUAUGAUGAUAUCGGCGGCCCCACCGAUGCAGCUCCUCCAGGCGGCAGUACGCCAUCAGGUGAUGGUCCUGCCGGAGUCGGUCCUGGUGAUGGUGCCUCUAGCGGCGGUCCCAAUGGAGUUUACCAUCAGGGCAGUGGUAGCCAAACUCCAACAAUGAACCGUCGCUAUCAGCUCUAUGUGGGAAAUCUUACUUGGUGGACAACCGAUCAGGAUAUUUCGAACGCCUUGCGUGAAAUAGGCGUCAAUGAUUUGCAAGAGGUGAAAUUUUUUGAGAAUCGCGCAAAUGGUCAGUCCAAAGGUUUCAGUGUUAUAUCACUCGGCUCGGAGCCAAGUUUGCGUGCAGUUUUGGACCAAUUGCCAAAGAAAGAGAUGCACGGCCAGGCGCCGGUUGUUACCUAUCCCAGCAAGCAAGCUCUAACGCAAUUCGAGAGCCUCCAAAAAACUCGUCCAGUGCCGCCGCCCCAGCAGAACGGGCCGCCACGUGGUCCCGCACCUCCAAACAUGGGCGGUCCCAUGCAACCGCAUCCAGGCGGUCCCCAAGGUGGGCCGCAGGGUCAUCCACCGCGAAUGAACCCCAACAUGCCGCCUGGUCAAUACAGGCCACAUAUGUCGCAAGUGCCGCAAGUUGGACCUAAUUCAGGACCGCCUCGUAUGCAGCCGCCAAUGCAUCCACAGGGCGGUCCGAUGGGCAACCAACAGCCGCCACCCCGAUAUCCGCCAACGCAAGGCCAAUGGCCGGGUCAACAACGUCCCGGUGGACCUAGGCCAGGUCCACCGAAUGGACCACCACAACGACCACCAAUGUUCCAAGGUCCAAUGGGUAUGCCUGUUCGAGGUCCUGGGCCUGGGCCUGAUUGGCGUCGACCACCCAUGCAUGGCGGCUUUCCACCACAAGGACCUGGAGGCCCACCACAAGGACCGCCACAUAUGCAGGGUCCUCCUCGAGGUCCACCUCAAAUGGGUCCCGUUCCACCACCGGGUCCUGGAGGUCCCCAUGGUGCUCCCGCACCUCAUGUCAAUCCAGCAUUCUUCAAUCAACCUGGCGGUCCACCCCAACACAUGGGCGGGCCCCCACACGGCCAGCCAGGUCCACAGCAAGGAAUGAAUAUGCCGCCACAGCAUGGCCCGCCUCCACACUUUGCGCAACAGACCGGACCAAGGGGCCCAUGGCCAGGACCGCCCCAAGGCAAGCCUCCCGGUCCUUUCCCUGACCCACAAAUGGGACCCCAAUUAACGGAGGCCGAAUUCGAAGAGGUUAUGAGCAGAAAUCGUACAGUCAGCAGUUCGGCUAUAGCCAGAGCCGUUUCCGAUGCCGCCGCCGGUGAGUACUCAAGCGCCAUUGAGACGCUAGUUACUGCCAUUUCGCUUAUCAAGCAAUCCAAAGUGGCACACGAUGAGCGUUGUAAAAUAUUGAUCAGCUCUCUGCAAGACACACUGCACGGCAUUGAGGCCAAGAGCUACAAUCGACGCGAACGUUCACGUUCUCGUGAACGUUCGCAUCGCAGUCGUCAGCGUCGUGAACGCUCAACCUCACGGUAUCGUGAGAGAUCACGUGAAAGAGAAAGGGAUCGCGAUCGUGAAAGGGAACGUGAUGGAGGCAGCUAUCGCGAACGCUCACGAAGUAGGGAACGUGAGCGUCAGGCUCAAGAUCACUACAGAGAUGACAGCAGUAGCCGUUCAGCGCGUCCAAGGAAAUCUCCGGAAGCAGUUGCGGCGGAAACUGCGGAGGCACCGUCUUCAAAACGAUACUAUGAGGAGCGGGAACGCUAUCGUUCAUCGGAUAGGGAGCGCCGUGAUCGUGACAGGGACCGUGAGCGCGAGAGAGAACGGGAACGGGAUAGACGUGAGGAGCAUCGUUCAAGGCAUUGAAAUCUACAACAACGCCAAUAAAAGUAAAAAUAUACAGAACGUACACGCCCACAUACAAACAAAUUUAAAAACCAACACACAUAAACAUAAACUCACAAAACUACUAGACAUUUUUAUUAACACACACACAACACAUGAAGCAGCUGAAGAUCAGCCACAGAAUUAACAAACUUUGUUUUGUAUCUAACAUUACCAAUACGUAGGACAUUAAAAUGGCAUAAAAUAGUUUCUCCUAGACGUACUAAGAUAAGCCGAAAUGUUGACAAAAAUACAUGCAUAACAGACUAUUUACAGACUGCCACUCACAAACAUACCCAUACAUCAAACAAAUAACACUCAAAUUCCGUGAUGCAAUACACACUACGCAGGCAACGUUGGACAUGGACGCAUCAGUUGCAGCAACAACAACAGCAACAGUCAGCACUCACACCGAUGGCCGCCGUACACCGAUUGUCGCCGUCACAGCAGAAUUUCAAUAUUAUUGUACUUUAAACUUUCGGUUUAUUUAAUAAAACAUAUAUCUAUAUAUAUUAAAAAAGGAAA